CAGUAUCUAUUGCUGGAUGACAAGCUCGAACGCUAAAGCCGUGCUUGACCUCGUUAGCUUCUUGCUUAUAAGCUUUGGUUCUUGCUAGUUUUGCCAUCUCCACUUAUCUUCACUUCCUCACCAUGGGUUGGUUUUGGGCAGAUUCGCAACCCAAAUCUACUGUUCCCGCGGCCUCAAACCCACUGACGGCCUCCGAUGCCUCGCCUCCACCGGGAUGUCCGAUGCAUGCAUCCAACAGUAACCCUUCCUUGCCGGCUCUAACUGCUUCUGAAGCCCCAAGUGCUUGUCCGGUUCGACCUACUGAUUCUCCGUUCUAUGCGCCACCCAAGCCGCAAUAUCCAGAGACCCAACCCUCAUCAUCCGUUACACCAAGCGAGCCCAAAUCCACGCUUUCAAAACUGAAUCCUCUGAAUUACAUGUUCGCGUCCAUUUCUCAGGAAAGAGCUCCUAACCAGACUGUGGAUCUCCCCGUGGAACGCGAAGUUUCAUCCAUCCCAAGAUCGGACACCGAAGGCAACUGGGAAUACCCCUCUCCCCAACAGAUGUACAAUGCCAUGCUGCGCAAGGGGUAUACCGAUACCCCACAGGAUGCCGUUGAGGCCAUGGUUGCCGUCCACAACUUUUUGAACGAGGGUGCGUGGGACGAGAUCGUGCGAUGGGAGCGCAUUUUUUCCAAGGGUCUUGCAGAAGGCUGGGAGACAUGUCGACGUGGAGAAGAAAACCUGGCCAUGCAAGACCUCCGAGAGCAGAUUUCCGGCUCCUCUACACAGACGCCUGCGCCGCGGCUUAUCAGGUUCCAGGGCAGGCCGCAGGAGCCGACGCCUAAGGCUCGGAUCCUCCAGGCCCUGGGCUGGUUGUACCCAGCUAAAUUCGACUCGAAUCCGCCCUUCGACCGACACGAUUGGUUUGUGAUGCGGCAGACCCCAUCGGGCCCGAAGGAGGUUCGUUAUGUCAUUGACUAUUAUUCCGGCCCACCCGAAUCGAAUGGGGAGCCGGUCUUUUUCCUCGAUAUCAGGCCCGCCUUGGACUCACCAACCGCUGCCGUUGAGCGGCUAAUGAGGUGGGGAGGAGAUGUUUGGUGGCGGGCUAGCGGCGGCUCGGCUCGAGAGAAUGGCGAAACUUGAUAAAUCGGCCCUGAGCUACCCAUGUUGACCCUCUUCGUUAUUUUGCACUGGCAUACACUUUUGGGAAGGCGCGGGCGUCUGACGGUUCCCUUUCUUGGAGGGGAGGGGAUUAUCCUGCUGUAUCCCUGCGGCUGUUUUCUUUCAUACACCCCUCUCCAUGUAUAAUCUGUGAUAUGGUUCCUUGUUGUGCCAUGGUUCUUUUUUAUGUUUUAUUGACAGUGAAGGACAGCAUUCACCAUGAUCACAUGUCCUCGGCGCAGGCAUAAUCCUUUUUUCUCAAAUAUAAAUGCUGAAC